CGUCAGUUUACCUGCUGUUGAUAGCGAUGCCUGACCUGAGAUCAGUAUGAAAGUGUAAGGAGACAAAGGCAGGGUGACGGGCAGGACUGCUACCUGUGCCUUAGAAAAAAAGAAGCCGACAGUAAUCAGCAGACAGUGAAAGUUCUGAUGUCUUCGGGAGUCUCCAGAUUCGACCGGGUGAGGGAGAUGCCACUCUAUGACCAGGUCCCUGAGGGUUCCUGGUAUGGGGACCCUGCCUUACCUCCACCCCCAACACACCUGCAAGGGACAGUGCCAGCUGUCAGCUUAGACUCCCUCCCCCCUCCUCCUCUACCUGAUCAGCCACCUAUUGGACCUGAAGCUUUCUAUCCUCCCAGCGAUGAUGAGCCAAUGGAGAGAGACUGUGAUGCUAUGGACAUUAAGCCAGUCCGCCGCUUCGUCCCUGAAUCUAUCAAGAACUUUUUCCGUGGCAACAGCGGUAACCGAGGCAGCAAGGGUCGGUCCAUCCCCCCUCCUCUACAAUCUGUACCGCCCCCUCACUCCCCUGCUCCUUCGUCCAGAAAGAGUGCUAAGAGCCACACCACAGCAGGAGUCCCCUGCUCACCUCCACACUCUGCCCCUCCAUCUCCAACCUUUCCACACUCCCAUGGUGGCUCUGGAGGCAGCUACACCCCUCAAAAGGACCAAGAUGGACUGCUGCUAGGUGCUGAAGCAUGUGAUUCUGUAUCUGCAGUGCCAACCAAUCUCUCAGUUCAAACCUACCAGGAGCGUGUGGAAGAAUAUCACGCACGUUACUCCUACAUGAAGUCGUGGGCUGGUUUGCUGAGGAUCCUGGGCUGUGUGCAGCUGCUGCUUGGAGCUGCAGUGUUCGCCUGUGUCUGCGCUUAUGUUCAUAAGGACAAUGAGUGGUUCAAUAUGUAUGGAUACUCCGGGCCACAGCUGUAUGGAGGGCUUGGUGGAGGUGCAGCUGCAUAUGGUUCUGGGGGCUUUUACUACACAGGACCCAAAACACCUUUUGUUCUAGUUGUGGCUGGCCUUGCAUGGAUAGUGACAGUUAUGCUGGUUGUUCUUGGGAUGACCCUAUACUACAGAGCCAUCCUUCUAGACUCCUCUUGGUGGCCUCUGACAGAGUGCUCCAUAAAUCUGGUGCUGGCUGUGCUCUAUUUGGCUGCAGGGUGUGUGUAUGUGAACGACACAACUCGAGGAGGGCUGUGCAACAUGCCAGUCUUCAACAAUGGCGUGAAUGGCGCAUUCUGUCGCACCGAGGCUGGCCAGACAGCAGCUAUCAUCUUCAUCUUCAUCACCAUGGUGCUCUACUUUAUAAGUGCAGGAGUGUGUGUGAAGCUGUGGAGGCAUGAAGCAGCCAGGAUGAGGAAAGAGGGGCUGGCACAGGAGUUGAGAACCACUGGAUCAUCAGUCCCACUCGCUAUACUCGAUGCAGGCUCCAGGGCAUCAGAGCAGACUCCGCUACCCACCAUCCAACCAGAUCUCAUGGAUGCUCCAAACAGCUUAAAAGCUGCUCCUCAUUUGACACUAGAGCCAGAGAUCCUCCGAGGUCACAUACCAGCAGGACACAUCCCUAAACCUGUUGUCAUAGCCGACUACGUGGCGAAGUAUCCCAGCAUCCGCUCAGAUGAGGAGAGGGACCAGUACAGAGCUGUGUUCAAUGACCAGUAUGCUGAGUACAAGGAGUUGCAUGCUGAGGUCCAGGCCAUGGCCAAGAAGUUUGAGGAGAUGGAUGAAAUGAUGCGGAACCUUCCGUCCCGGCCUUCCAGUCAAAUGGAGAAGGAGCGGAUAAACGGGAUUUUAAUGGAAUAUCAGAGGAAGAAGGCUGACCCAGGGUAUUUGGAAAAAAGAGAGAGGUGUGAGUACCUGAAGAACAAGCUUUCUCACAUCAAACAGAAGAUUCAGGAGUACAACAACAACAUGGACUACAAUGAUAGCAGCUAAGCUAUACAUCUGCAGCGAUGGUAGAAAGUGUGUUCUGCUGCAACACAACAGUGGGACUGUGGUAUAAAUAAUGUUAUAAUGUUACUGGUGAACCCAUAAUCCCUGAAAACAGACGUGACAUUAUCAUAUUGAAACAGGUGAAGAAGAAUCAUGUCACCAAUAUAAACAUCAUCUGGGAUGCCUCCUCCUUAUAGGAGGAAUGGUAAAAGGCACAUCAAAAUGUUGUAAUAUGUACAUGCACACAGAACGCCAUGAUGACAGUUUAAAGGGACAUUUUGGGAGAUGUCUUUUUUUGGAGCUGUUUUAGAGACUGGAAGAUGGAAAUGUCUGAUAUUUAGCAAACUUAACAACAGAGACUCAGAAAGCAACUUUCAGACAAACAAAAGGGAUUAAACCUUCUUGUUGGAUGUUGCUAGAGAAACGUUGAUCCAGUUCAUUUGUUACUUUUACGUGGAAGAUGACAUAAACAAAAUGUCAGAGUCACAGCUAGCUGGCUAGACACUGCCUGGACAGAUGAUGAGGAAAGAAAGGCUGACUCGAUGUUAAAUCAAAGUUCUAUGAGCAGAGUUAGAGCACCGCAGCAGACUGAGGUGUUGGUGUUUAUUCUUUAAGUUGCAGUUCUGCUGCUUGUGUGUCAGGGUGCGGGUGUGUUACACUGGACUUACUGGACACUCUUAUUGGUAUUUUCUUAGUUCUGUCAGACACAAUGUGAACAUUUUCUUAAAGUUCUCCAGUAGACAUGAAUGGUCAGCCUCUCUCUGUUACUGAAAACACAAUGCUGAAUAUAACAAUUUUUUUUAAUCACAUUUUUUCACACUGUUGUGUUUUAUGUGUAUUUUAGUUUGGCGUCAUAUGUGGUGUGUGCUGUUACUUCAUGCCAAUGAGGAACGUUUCUACGUACAUGUGUUUGGUCUUAUUGCAUUUAAACAUGAAACCUAUGUUCAGGACAUGGAUAUGUGUUCAAAAUUUCUAUUUUUUAUCUAAUGUAAAUUCUCCACCAAAACUGGUGGAGGUGGCUGGGGAGAGGGAAGCCUACGCUUCUCUGCUUAGGCUGCUGCCCCCGUGACCCGGCACUGGAUAACUGGAAGAAAAUGAAUGAAUGGAUGGAUGGAUGUAAAUCCUGCUUUAUUAUUUGUACAACUAUGAAUGAGUUUGCCAUAAUAAAUGUGUGUUUAUAAUUUGCUGGGAUGGUGUG